AGCAGGCAGAGAAUCACUCCCCACUGCUUUGUAGCCUGCAAAAACACAAAGCUGGAUGUGUCUGCAGCCUCACACUGUGAGGAUAAAGGUCAUGUUCAAAACUGCCGUUGUGGAAUACGCUUAAAGUACUGAGUUCAGCAAAGGUCCUGGUGGGAUAGAAACAGAAUAUGCUUCACCCUAGGAGCUCACAAUGAAGUGAUUAUAUGUCGGCUAAUUUCCUCCAAAUGGAAUGCCUGAGAAAUUAGUCACAAAACCAGCCACUAGUAAGUGGGUUUGCUCCUCCCCUUUCCCACCACCCCAUCCUUCCUUCCCUGCCCGUCCUCGUCCUUCCCCCUUGAAACUCCAGUGUGGCACCGAUAGGCAGCUGCUAGGCAGGGGCUGUGUUAUUGGCAGCGUUUCCUCCGCUGUGCCACUCCACCCACCCACUGGAAAGUCUUUUAACCUCAGGCAACUUUUCUUCCAGCCAAACCGUGGAGCUGCACUGUUUCUGUCUUCCUGCAGCUGGGCGUCUUCAUCUGCGCCAGAUGUGCUGACAAUGAACUUCAGGCUGGCUCAUUCCCUUUAAGCAUCGACUGAAAGAAGUGACUUGCCUGUCGGACGACAGAGGAAAUGUCAUUUCCUACACUCGUGGAAGGAAGACUGUGUGUGCAUGGAGAAUGAGAAGCAAGGAGCAGACGGUUUGCCGACUUCUUACAUAACAUGUCAGAUGCUUGUACACUUGAUUUAAACAGCUGGCUUCCAUGAAGCAUGCAAACUCUGGGAGUGGUGCUGCUGUUGACAAAACUUCUGAUAACAGAUUUCUGUGAGGCCUUGAGUGUUAUUGUAACUCCGGGGCCUGUGGUGGAGUUCACUGAAGGCCAGCGGGGGAGUCUGUUCUGCCGAGUGUCCCAGCAGAGGCGGAAGAACAGUUACCUGUCUCUGGUGUGGUUCUUCUCAAAUGCAGAGAACAGCAAUCAACGAAUCCUGAGAGUGAACCGGACCAGCCAUGUACAGGCCUUUCGGAACUGCAAAGAGAACCACUGUGAACUCCAGUUCUUCCAGCAAGGUGCCGCCAAGAUCUUUGUAUUGAUCAUCGACAAGCUUCACAGCUCUGAUGAAGGGCACUACCGAUGCAGAGUUCAGGAAAUCGCAUACCUAAAUAGGAGGUGGCUGUCAAUAUCAAAUGGGGAAAAUGGGACCGAAGUGAGAGUGCGGCUAUUGCAGACAACUACCGUGGUUGUACCCCAGAGCACACAACAAACUUGGGCAGUCUCCAAAGAGUCCCUUCUGGAAACUUCCACUCUGCUGAUUUCCAGAAACACUAAAGAAGAAUGGAAAAUAUUUGAAGUUUCAGAUCUGUAUCUUUAUGUGACAUCGAUGUGCUCUGUGGGAAUCUUAUCAGUGAUGCUUUUUGCAGCAGUUAUCGUCUGUCAGAUUCUGAAGAACAGGAAAAAGACAAAAGCAAGGAAAUACCUGACCAAUGAGCUGAAUAGCAGUUCAGGAGAAAUGGUGACAAAUACAGUGAGCUCAUCCAUCUUCCGAACCAAAUCGGGGAAGAAAACAAUUGCAGCAGGUGACGCGCCCCCGCCAGUCCCAGUGAAAAUACCGAGAAGAGAAGCAUCCACCAAAAGAAAGUUCCUGAAUAAACAUGAUGCCAAAUCCAUUCUGCCUCGAAUUGUGGAAGACAGCCUGACCUACGCUGAGCUGGAACUCACACCCACGCACCCAACUGCCCCGCCUGUCACGGGCUCUCCGACCGCUCAGAGUCCCACCACUGUCUAUGCCAAGAUCUUCUUUUCCAAAAACCAGAGUUAAUUCACCGCUGCCAGAACAUCACGGUUGACGCCAGACCUGGUGACUGUGGUGAUACUGUGGCCCUCUUGAAGUUCACCCAGCUCAGCGAGACAUUUCUGCACAAAGGGUCAACUUGCCACUGCAGCUGGAGAAAUGCCUAGAGCUCAGCACUCAGACUCCAACAGCAGCUCAAAGCCCGCUCGUGUGAACAGGGAGAGUCACUCUGGGCCUCCUUCUUAGUGCUGGCUUCAAGUGUCUAUCCCAUCAACCUGUACACAAGAACUGGCUGUACAGGAAGUUUGUGGUCAGGGUAACAAAGCAAGAUGUAUGUGUGUGUUUGUAAGAAAAUAAAGCAAUAAUUUAAUCAGUGUACACUGACAGUAAUGAGUCAGAAAGUGUGAGUAGCAGGAAGAAUAAACAAGUAAUUGUAUAAAUUCAUAAGCGAUUGUGACCAUAUAUAGUUUGUUAAAUUUUACUUGAUAAUGCUCCUAUGAGGCUUUUCUAUGAUAAAAGUUUUACAAGUAUGUGUUUUUUUGUUCUACCUACCUUGAUAGAUGAUUUAGUAAAAGUUAGUGUACCCUCGUACAUAUUACAGCGAA